GGAAGCCCCGCCCUACGACCCGUCUUCUCGAGCUGCCGGUCGCCUCGCCUCGGAUCCCCGCAAUGGCUACUCCUCGGACCCGCAGCACCCACCGGAGGACCGGCCCAGCACCCACCGGAGGACCGGGUCAGGCCACGCACUGAGCCGAUGAUCGGAGCACCGGGCCGGAGAGACAGAGAGCCACGGGAGGAGCGAGAGGAAGAAGAGGAGUGGAUGUAAGGAGGAGGAAGAGGAGGAGGAAUCGAGUCUAUUUCUGUCCAGAGGAGAGCAGCGGCCGCCAUGUUGACCAAGAAGCCAAGCGCCUCGGUCCUUCCGACGGGUAAAGGUGGAGAGUCAGGUCAUCUCCAGCGUGGGGCAACAUCCAGUCAGACAGGAUCUCCCCUCUCCCUACCCCCGCUCCCUACGGGUGGUCCAAAGGCAGCCAUGUCGGACCAGCUCUACGAGGAGAACAGCAACAAGCGACAGGUUCUGACCUCACAACCCAACGGACUGGCUGCUCUGACAUCAAGGCCCGACCGCCAAUCAUCUUCAGAUCCCGCCCACGCUCGGCAGGGCAGUGGGGCAACGGUCAAAUCAGCCGACAGCAAGAGCAAGGCUCCGCCCCUCAGCCCAGAGCAGGCCAUGAGGCAAUUCAUGUCCAAGCUGUCGGCCUUCGAGCACCAUGAGGUGUUCAACUAUCCCGAAGUCUAUUUCAUUGGACCGGGUGCUAAGAAGCGUGCGGGGGUGAUGGGCGGAGCCAACAACAGCGGCUACGAUGACGACCAGGGCUCCUACAUCCACGUCCCCCACGACCACGUCGCGUACCGCUACGAGGUCCUCAAGGUCAUCGGGAAGGGCAGCUUCGGACAGGUGGUCAAGGUGUUUGACCAUAAGUGCCAUGCCCACGUGGCGCUGAAGAUGGUGCGUAACGAGAAGCGGUUCCACCGCCAGGCGGCGGAGGAGAUCCGCAUCCUGGAGCACCUCCGCAAGCAGGACCACGACUCGACCAUGAACGUCAUCCACAUGCUGGAGCACUUCACCUUCAGGAACCACAUCUGCAUGACCUUUGAGCUGCUGAGCAUGAACCUGUACGAGCUCAUCAAGAAGAACAAGUUCCAGGGCUUCAGCCUGCCGCUGGUCAGGAAGUUUGCCCACUCCAUCCUGCAGUGUCUGGACUCACUGCACAGGAACCACAUCAUCCACUGCGACCUGAAGCCUGAGAACAUCCUGCUGAAACAGCAGGGCCGCAGCGGCAUCAAGGUGAUUGAUUUUGGCUCAAGCUGUUACGAACACCAGAGAGUUUACACCUACAUCCAGUCCAGGUUUUACCGCGCUCCAGAAGUCAUUCUGGGCUCCCGCUACGGGAUGCCCAUCGACAUGUGGUCACUGGGCUGCAUCCUGGCGGAGCUGCUGACCGGGUACCCCCUGCUGCCCGGGGAGGACGAAGCCGACCAGCUGGCCUGCAUCAUGGAGCUCCUGGGCAUGCCCGCCCAGAAGCUGCUGGACGCCUCCAAGAGGGCCAAGAACUUUGUGUCGUCUAAGGGCUACCCGCGCUACUGCGUGGUGAGCACGCUGGCGGACGGGUCGGCCUCGCUCGGCGCCGGCCGCUCGCGGCGGGGUAAGGCCCGCGGCCCGCCGGCCAGCAAGGACUGGAGCGUCGCCCUGAGGGGCUGCGACGACCCUCUCUUCCUGGACUUCCUGAAGCAGUGCCUGGAGUGGGACCCGGCCAUCCGCAUGAGCCCCAGCCAGGCCUUGAGACACCCCUGGCUCCGGAGACGCCUCCCCCGGCCUCCCACCACCACCACCUCCUCCUCCUCCUCCACCAAGAGGAGCACAGACAGCACCGUCACCUCUGUCUCCAAGCUGACCCCCUCCACCUCCACCCUCUCCUCCUCCUCUAAGACCAUAGCUCCCUCCUCCUCCACCCUCUCCUCCUCCUCUAAGACCAGAACUAACCUAGCCGUCAUCACAGACGCUAACGGAAACAUUCAGCCUAGGACAGUUCUGCCCAAACUGGUGAGCUGAGGGCGGAGCCAACAGGAGGCGGAGCAUCAGGGAGUGAGUGGAGGUGUGUUUCCUGUCGGGGGAUAUCCUACAAGAACAGCUUUCAGGCUGCUAGCCUGGUGAGCCUGUUAGCCUGGGCUAUAUGAAACCACCGUUAGCCUGUUAGGACACCACACUACACUGUAGCUCAGUGUAACACACAUACACACACACCCACACACACACAAUUUAACUAAGAUGUAUAUGGUGCUGAUGAAGGGAACACUAUUUUUAUGUUUUCAGCAGCGAUACACACACCAUCUGAGAUGAACUGUUGAGAAGCUAGCAGUGUUGUUCUAGCUUGAAGCUGCUCGUGUUGUGCCUGUUAACCGACUGUUAGCCAGUUAAGAAGGGAAAAGCCAACAAGUUACUGUUGGUUAGUUAUUUUUACUACCUGUUUUUACUUUACCUGGUGGCUAAUUGAUUUGUUAGCUAUAACAUUUAGCUAUCAACUUACUAGCUUUUAGCCAUCCCGUGACAAUUGGCUGAUAGCCGAUAUCAUUGGCAGUUAGACGUAAAGCACAACACUGCCUACCGAGCACAGGGCUCCGCCCACUGAUCACAGGGCGCCAACCACCUGAAGUCCUCCUUUAGACACGCCCACCUGGUGGGCCAUACCAUCGCCUGAUAGGACGAAACCAUCAACAAGAGGUGAAUGCUCUGCGUCAGGUCCUAAGAGGGUUCCGCCACCAGUAGCUGGUAAACCCCUGGUGAGCCAGGUAGCUGUUGAACCCCUGGUGAAACCCAGGUAGUAAGUGAACCCUGGUGAACCAGGUAGCUUGUGAACCAGACAGCUGGUGAACGAGGUAUCUUGUGAACACCUGGUGAACCAGGUAGUCGUGAACCCCUGGUGAACCAGGUAGCCGGUGAAGCCUAGGUAGCCGGUGAAGCCCAGGUAGCUGGUGAACCAGGUAGUCGUGAACCAGGUAGCUGGUGAACCAGGUAGUCGUGAACCCCUGGUGAACCAGGUAGCUGGUGAAGACCAGGUAGCUGGUGAACCAGGUAGCUUGUGAAGCAGAUAACUGGUGAACCCCUGGUAAACAAGAUAGCUGGUGGACCCUAGUGAACCCAGGUAGCUGGUGAACCCUGUUGAACCAGGUAGUCGGGGAACCCCUGGUGAACCAGGUAUCCGGUGGAAACCAGGUAGCUGGUGAACCCUGGUGAACCAGGUAGCCGGUGAACACCAGGUAGCUGGUGAACCAGUUAGCUGAUCAACCCCAGGUAGCAGCCUUUAUUCAGGUCCUCAGCCUCAAACCUCCCAAAGAAAUGUAGGACUUGUAGGACUUUGUGUUCGCUCUUGACUAGCACCACGUAUGAUGUGAUAAUAAUGAGAAUAUGAAAACAUGUCUGCUAGCAGAGUAACGUGAGGGACGCCACGAUGCCUAUGAUCUUACAUUCCACUGGAGACUACAUCUAAUCCCAGCUCAUCAUCUAGCUCUAGAUCAUUAAGACCCGGUUCUAGCUAAGCUCUACGUUUAUACAUAUCAUCCAUUCAGCCAGAGAUAGAGGUCCACACAGAGACCGGGGUCUGGGUCUACUAUACUGACCCCCAAGCCAGUAGACAGGUUAGCCUAAAGACAGGUAAAGAAAUAGACAGGUAAAGAGAAGGGUGAAGACAGACCAGUGGAGACGGACAGGUAAAGACAUAUGCUGUGUUCCAAUAUCCAUGCUUCCAUGAGUACACUUAAACGUAGUACACUAUCCGCACUCACUAAUGCCGCUUUUCCACCGCACAUGUAGCUCGACUCGACUCGACACGACUCGACACGGUAGCAGCACGGGUCGUUUUCCACCGCAAAUAGUACCUCCUGGACGUGGGCGGGGUCGGUUGCGCGAAAGAGCCGUGACGUAUUUUUGUACGCGACGCAAACAACACCUACGCAACCCACACAUGGACAGAACCCACAUAAUAACAAUGGAGGACAUCGAUGCGAUGGUAUUCGUGUUCGUAUUAUUAGCUGGCAUGUUGAAGAAGUUGAAGAACUGGAAUAUGUUGGCUGCGGCGCUGCUAUGGCUGUUACCAGCAUGGUUGCCAUGUCGCUCUCAUGACUUCGUCACACUCUCUGGCCAAUCAGUGGCCGUCUGCCGACGUCACCUUUUAGCAUCGGCUCAGCUCGCUUGGAACCUUGAGCGAGGCGGUACUAAAAAAAGCAGCCACUUCAGGUACCAGAUACCAUGUUUUCGCGGCGGAAACGCCAAAAAUGCGAGCUGAGUCGAGUCGAGUCGAGUCGAGCUGGUACCAUGCAGUGGAAAAGCGGCAUAAGUGCGCUGAUUUUCAGAUGUCAGUUCCAAAUCGAAUACUCCGUGGCGCACUCACCGGAAAAUAAGAUCACGACUGCCGCUGCGGCACCUCCCCCGCAAUAAACAUCCCGCUUUGAACGAUGAACUCUUUAUGCCUAGCAGCCUGUAAAAGCUAUAAAAACUACAAAAUGACUAUUAAUGCAGGCUAUGUGGAAAAUGCGCAGACUUUGGCUCAACCUGGCCCCGCCCUCUUCCACUACGUAGCUAAGAUGGCUGCCGUUGAGUACGAAAAGUGUUCAUCUAUCCACACUUCGUGGUUUGACCAUUUUGAGUACACCAUCCGGGUCCUUUCAGUACACUUAUUUUCACCCGAUCUUAAUUGGAACGCCCCAGGUACUCAAACUAAGUAUAGUAAGUACGGAUAGUAUGGAUAUCGGAACACAGCAAUGGACAGGAAAAGAUUUAGACAGGUAAAUACAAGACGGGUGAAGACAGACUGGUGGAGACAGACAGGUAAAGACAUAGACAGGUCAAGACAGACGGGUGAAAGCUGCAGGUGUAGAGGGGUCGGGGUAGACCACCUCCAGAUGGGCCGGGGGAACAGAAGAUGAAGAAUAUAAAUGACCCUCAGUUCUCCACAUCCUGAUACGAGGUCAGGUGUGUGUGUUUGUUGUGUUUGUGUGCGAGCGAGAGCAUGACUGAAGUCUGUCAUCUUUAUCUCUAGAAAUAGAACCAUCAAAACAAACUGCCAUGAGGACGCCUCAAACACAGUUGCUAUGACGAUGGGGUGGGACCUCCUGUUGAGAAGGAUAUCAUGUGACCUGUGACCCCAGCCUAUGACAUCAUGAAUGCAGAUUAUUAAAAUAUUUAAGUUUGGAUUCAGACCUUAGUAUUUUUGUUUGUAUAUGAAUGAAUAAAGAUUCUGACAAAUUUUA